AGAAGACAGAGCGUAUUUCCGGUAACAUUAGCUUGUUAGCUUCACAGAGAGUUAGCUCAAGUCCCUCACAUCUGUACAGAAUUCAAGUAUUGUAGUGAUUUUAAGGCGCUUAAAAUGGAUAUACUGAAAGCAGAGAUCGCUCGAAAGAGGAAACUUCUUGAAGAAAAGAAUCUGGUUGAUGACUCCAAAAAAUACUUCAAAAGGUCUGAUCUGGCAAAGAAGGAGCAGGAGGAUUAUUUCAGACGCUGUGGAUUCAAGGUGGACAGUGGCGAUGAAGAAGAACCAUCCUCUUCAAACAAGAAUCCAGUGUUGGAGUUGGAGCUAACUGAGGAGAAGCUGCCUAUGACGCUGUCCAGACAGGAGGUCAUCAGGAGGCUGAGAGAACGAGGGGAGCCCAUCCGGCUGUUUGGGGAGUCAGACUAUGACGCUUUUCAAAGACUCAGGAAGAUAGAGAUUCUAACCCCUGAAGUAAACAAAGGUUUGAGGAACGACCUGAAGGCUGCCAUGGACAAAAUUGACCAGCAGUACUUGAAUGAGAUUGUUGGAGGAACAGAAGGCGGAGAGCUAGACACACAACAUGACCUCAAAGUGCAUGAAGAAAACACCACUAUAGAAGAACUUGUGGCUCUUGGCAAAACUCUGGGCAGAGGAGAUGACCAUGGAGACCAGGAUGUCAUCGACAAGUUUUUGAGAUUCUUGCUGGGCGUUUGGGCCAAAGACCUAAACAGCCGAGAGGACCAUGUGAAGCGCAGUGUACAAGGGAAACUGGCCAGUGCCACUCACUCCCAGACUGAGUCAUACCUCAAGCCUCUGUUUAGGAAGCUACGCAAGAAGAGUUUACCAGCAGACAUCAAAGAAUCCAUCACAGAUAUCAUCAAAUUCAUGUUGGAAAGAGAAUAUGUCAAAGCCAAUGAUGCAUACCUUCAGAUGGCCAUUGGAAAUGCACCCUGGCCUAUUGGAGUGACCAUGGUGGGCAUCCACGCUCGUACAGGAAGAGAGAAGAUCUUCUCCAAGCACGUGGCACAUGUUCUGAACGACGAAACCCAGAGGAAAUACAUACAGGGGCUAAAGAGACUUAUGACCAUCUGCCAGAAACACUUCCCAACAGACCCAUCCAAAUGUGUGGAGUACAAUGCUUUGUAACUUUCACUUUUAAAUGAAAUUAAUAAAGCAGAAGUUGUAAGAGCAAUCUUGUACCAUGUGAAGCGCAGUGUACAAGGGAAACUAGCUAGUGCCAGUUUCGCAGUUUAAUUGAUUUGGAAUUUGGAAAAAUACCACAAUUUAAAUGUUUCUGUCAGCUAUUAUUUUGUCUUUACAGUGACAACGCUGGCCUACCUUUUGUUAGGCUUUCAACUUUCAACAUUUGUUACUUCUUUUAUUAGCAUAAAAGAUACUGCUAAGACAAAUUGUACAGUUAAUAUUUUUAUUUGCAUGUGUAAGUUUUAUUACACUCGUUUAAGGCUCAUUGUCUAUCUCUUUGUAAGAUAAUAAACUGUAUUGUGUA